GCAAAGAGUACCACUAUAACGAAUAUAUCGUACUCGGUUUUGGUUCCACUCCAGCUGCACUUAUGAAGAGUGGUUGUACGAUAACUACCUUGAUCGCAUUAGAUCGAAUUUGGGCUCUUUCGGCUCCUAUGAAGUAUUAUUCAUUGAAAAAAAGACCUCUCUUAUUUUGUGGCUUCGUAUUUUCACUUUUGAUGGCAGGAUUCGAUUUGUCGUUGAUAUUUAUUUUAUCAAAUGGUAUAAAACCGAUACCCGGCUGCGGCACAUUCGCCUGCUUCACUUCUGAGGUAUCAA